AUACAACUCUCAUACCCGGACAAUACAAUUUACUCAUCAGCACAACACCAGCAACCCAGCAUUCGGCAGAAGUGUGAUUCGUGAUUUGUGAUUCACAAUCAACCCAACCUUUCACCGCUUACGCUACUAAGCUAUUACCUAGUACUUAGCCACUUAGGCAGUCAGUCUUGAUACUUAGUCUGUCCAUCAACCCAACCUACUCUGUACAACUCCAAUACCCUUUCCCCUCUAUCCAUCCAUCCAUCCAUCCAUCCUCCAUCACAACAUCAAGACAACCUCCUCUCGCCAACCAUCUACACAUACACAACAACUCUACGCUUUUUACCAACGAAACAUUUAAUAGCUCAUUUCACGAUGCGAUCCAAGUUUAAGGACGAGCAUCCCUUCGAGAAGCGCAAGGCUGAAGCAGAACGCAUCGUAAGUCGCAUUCCAGUCCCUCAACAUGCACCUCCUCUUCCCCACCAUCCCGAUCGCAUCUCCAAAACCCUCAUUACGAAUCAUUUCAAUCAACUAACUUAUAUCCCCAGCGCCAAAAAUACUCCGACCGUAUCCCCGUAAUCUGCGAGAAGGUUGAGAAAUCGGAUAUUGCCACUAUCGACAAGAAGAAGUAUCUCGUUCCCAGCGAUCUCACCGUCGGCCAAUUUGUCUAUGUCAUCCGCAAACGUAUCAAGCUUUCUCCCGAAAAGGCAAUCUUCAUUUUCGUCGAUGAGGUCUUACCGCCUACUGCCGCUUUGAUGAGCUCCAUCUACGAGGAACACAAAGAUGAGGAUGGGUAUGUCUUCCACUAUCUGCUUUUCAUAACGUCAUACCGCCCUAUCAUCACCGUUAUCGUGGUUAUCGCGAUCGGAUCAAUUUCCAACCCAACGCCAUCUAUCCACGAACAGAAACAAAGAAAACCCAAAAGAGGCCAGCCAUGAUCUAAAUGCUAACAUCAUCAUCAAAUAGAUUCCUAUACAUCUCCUACUCGGGCGAAAACACCUUCGGUGAAGCCUUAGAAGAAGCCAACUAAUUCCCUCCUCCGCGUGAACCACUUCAGUAUAACACAACAUCAUUCAGGCGUUUAUAAGGCGAGGCGGAUGAUGGAUAGGCAGGGCAGUGUGACUCUACAUUACAACCUAAGGCAGUUUUUCUUUCCUCACCAUCGACCUCUUCCAUGUUUCCCCUUUCCGAAAUCUUUACAGUGUAUCAACCAACCAGCUCUCAUCUGCCUUCAAUUAUCCUAAGCGACGUCUCCUUACGGUAAUGCAGCGAAGGGACCAGCAAGAAAGCAAGGAAGGAUGAUUAUUCUGUACAUGGGGCCGUUAUCUGUGUCGCUUGCGAGUGGGAACUUGGGGAUUCGACGUUGUGAAUUAUUCAUAGGGGUUGUUUCUUUUCCUUGUUUCGUCCUAUUAGGGGGUGGGGUUUCUUGGGAAUAGGUGCAAUAUGAUACGAUGCUUUCUGCCAACACAUGCAUG